AUGGGUGAUGGCACAAAAAAUGGCAGUGGCUGCUUUAAACAUAAAAGAUCCAUCUCAGCUAUGAAAUCAAAUAUUAGGAUUUCAAAAUUUCAAUUUUCAGGUAUUGGGUUAGGCAUCGUGACUGUGAUAAUUGGCAUUACAUGGAUAUACUUUGCCAUCAAAAAUAGGAAACUCAUGAAACUACGACAGAAGUUUUUCCACCAAAAUGGUGGUUUGUUAUUGAAGAAGCAAUUGUCUUCUGAGAAGGGUGGUAUGGAAUCAGCUAAAGUAUUUUCUGCUCAAGUGCUUGAGAAGGCUACCAACAAUUAUUCUGAGGAUCGAAUAAUCGGUCGAGGUGGUUAUGGAACAGUUUACAAAGGGAUACUAAGUGACGAACGUGUUGUUGCAAUCAAGAAAUCCAUAAAAUUGGACGAGAGCCAAAUAGAGAUAUUCAUCAAUGAGAUGGUUAUUCUGACUCAGGUUAACCACAGAAAUGUGGUAAAACUAAUGGGAUGUUGUUUGGAAACUGAGGUACCUUUAUUAGUAUAUGAAUAUAUCUCAAAUGGUACCCUAUUUCACUAUAUUCAUAAUAGUGAGGAAAUGACAUGGUUUUCCUGGGAAAACCGGUUGAGGAUUGCCUCAGAGGCUGCUGGUGCACUUGCCUAUCUUCAUUCUUCAGCUGGAAUGCCGAUUAUCCAUAGAGAUGUUAAAUCUCCUAAUAUAUUACUAGAUGAGUCUUACACUGCAAAAAUAGCAGAUUUUGGAGCUUCAAGACUCAUUCCUAUUGAUCGAACACGAGCAACUACUCUUGUACAGGGAACCUUUGGUUAUCUUGAUCCUGAGUAUUUCCGUACAAGCCAACUGACUGAAAAAAGUGAUGUAUAUAGCUUUGGGGUGGUGUUGGCUGAGCUUGUAACAGGUAGAAAACCUGUGUCUACUGAAAAGAGUGAAGAAGAGAUUAACCUGGCUAAUUACUUUGUUGCAUGUGUGAAGGAAAAUCGGUUGUUCCAAAUAAUUGAGCCAAAAAUUAUGAGGGAAGGGAGUUUGGAGCAAAUCGGUGCAAUGGGUGAGGUUGUUAAGAGAUGUCUUGAGUCAAAAGGAGAAGAAAGACCAACAAUGAAAGAAGUGACAAUGGAAUUGGAAAGGUUGAGAAAGUAUAAUAUACAGUCCCACAAAAAAGAAGAACAAAUCCUUGAUGGAAACAUGGGAGCAACAAGUGAGCAACAACCUGAUCUAUAUCCAGUUCCAGUAUAUCCUGAUUUCACAUUUCGGCAGUACAAUUUGGAGAGUGAUUUGUUUCAUGCAAUCAAUACUCCUCGUUAAUCGAAAGUAGCAUAUAAGUUAUUUAUGCGCUAUGGUGUUUCCUAUCAGGCUCUUUCUUAAUUCAUGUUUCCCCAUAUUAUUCUUCGUGUAUACAUAAUUUUCCUAAUUUUUAUGUUAUAGGAGUUAAAAUAACUCAUUGUUAAGUAACUUGCAUACCCAAAGAUUCGGGAAACAAUCAAUAGUUUUCUUAUGUAUGAAGAAAAAUUAAUAUUGUAUAUAUAUUCUCUUAUUGUAUUGAGCAUGAUGAGGCUAUUCUUUGUGUGUGUUUACCUUCCCUAAAUUUCCUUAAUAAUACCCUUCAAUUUGAUUUUAUUAAAUUGAAGGACCAAUUAAAGUAGCAAUGGAUAUAUAAAAGCAUGAAAGUGUGUUAUGCAACACAUACCGAGGCAUUUUGAUCUUUAUUAUGACGCAUACAACAUCCAUUCAUAACAUGCCUUCAUAGAACAUCAAUACUCAUAUUUUAAUGUUGAAUCACAUAUUGAUCGAUCGGAUGAUUAUUUAUAGGUCAUCCAAAGUUACUGGAAGAAAUUAGCAUCUCUCCAAAACUAAGGUUCUUAAAAAAAGAGCAGCAAAGAGCAGAAACCUCCAAGGAAAGUUGUUACAUAUAAUCAACUAUCCAACAAAUUCGAUAUAUCCAAAAUAAAUUAUAACAAUUUGAAAGUUAAGAAGUUACAGGAUGAUGUGGAUACCUUUAAAGACGAAGUCAGUUAGACAAGAUCCAGAUGCAAUCAUACAUGUAAUUGAUUUAGCCACAUCUUCCAAGGCCCGGACCAAGUUUCAUGUGAGAAAGCAGCAGUGCGAAGUGUAACAAUUGAAACAGAAACAGAUGUAGAAUGCAUAAAUGAGAAAAUUGUUAACUCUAAAAAUUAAGAUGCAUUAUAUUCUUCUACCAGACACCAAACUUUUAUAGAACUCACAACUUAUACCCCUAGCGACCAAAUAUCAAACAAUUUACAUAUGUGAGCCAUAGUAAUUUGAAAUAUUUCAGUGAAAAUUAAAAAAAUGUUAAUUAAAGUCACAUCUUGUUCAUUUUUUUCCAACAUAACUCAUCUUGCAAACGAUACUUGGAUGACUAUUUAAGCAAUUUUUAAGCUUAUUUUAAUAUUUUAUAAUCUUGAGCAAUUUUUUUGUAGGUUAUAAUGGCAUGUCAUUUUUUUCGUAAUUAAAAUGCAUUGUGGAAGCCUUUACGGAGUUUGAAUAUGUUGGGGGUUUGAAUUACAAUAUUGAGUGAGAUGUUUAUCAUGAUUUAAUGUCCAAUUUUGAGAUGUUUGAUUUAAUUAAAGAAAAUAGGUAUCUAGUUGCUAAUGUGGGUUGUUUAGGAUUGCUAUAUGAAAUUGAGCUCAUGAUUACAACAAGAGUUGGAUAUAUUAGUGAGGUUAAGAAAAAAAUGAAUUAAUUUUAAAUGAAAAAAAUGAAGAAAAAUAAAGGUAAAAAAAUAAUACACAUAUAAGCUUUGAACCCUAUACAAUAGGGAUAAAAUUUCCAAAGAAAAAGGCAACAAGAAAGUUAAUAAGUAAUGUCAGCAUAUUUAAAUGAAAUACAAACACGAGGGGAUAUUUUAUACGUUUUGUUAUUGAGGGGUGUGUUUGCGACACACCCCAUAAUUAAAGGGCGCAAAG